AGAUCAUUGAAUAAAUAUUUUAAAAGUUAAAUGAAUAAUCAGAAUAUAGACAUCGAAUUUCUUGAUAGUGAUGAUGAAGGAAAGGUAAAUGAAGACAAACAACAAAUCUAGUAAUAAAAUAUGUAGUUAGAAGAAACUCCAUCACCAAAUAUAUUUGCAGUUGUCAUAAUUAAUUAAUACAGCAAUAAAAUUUAACAUAAUAUAUCUAGAACAGAUAUAAUAACAGCUAUAGAGUAUAUAGUCACAAAAAUGCUAAAUGGAUCAAUGGUAUAUAUACAAUUAAUUAAAAAUAGAAAUAAAUAAGACCAACUGAUGUGAAGAUUGAACCUAUUUUAUCUACUUCAGUAUAGAAGGCUUGUUGUUUAAUAUAAGUGGAUGAUAAAAUAGUAAAAUAAUUAAAAGAAUAUUAAACUCCUUUAUAAUUUAGUGAUAAAGAUCCUAAAAAAGGAUUGACUGUGAUUUUUGAAUUUAAAUUUUUCGAAUUUAAUGAAUUUAAUGAAUGUGAUUUACUUAGUAAUGGGAAAUUGGUUAAAGAAUUUUCAGUUCUUAGACCUCCUUAAGAAACUUAAAGAUUUACAAGUAUAAUUUUAGCUAUAAAUAAAAUGGAUUAAUAAAUAUAUGCAAUAAAAAAGGUAAGAUUAAUGGGAACUAUUAGUUGGUAAAGAUUAUUUUAUAAUUAAAUUACUUAAAUUAGAGAAGUUAAAGCAAUGUUAAGACUUUAACAUCCAAAUGUAAUUAGAUUAUACAGUUGGUGGGUUGAGUAAGAAAUUAAUUAAAAGAAUUAAAAAUAUUUUUACCUUUAUUUACAAUAAGAAUAUGAUUCAUAUUUAGGUUGCAACGAUUUAUUGUAAUUUAGUGUUAAAUAUUUAUUAAAUGUGCCAUUAGAAUUUAAAAGAAAAAUUAUGAAAUCUUUGAUUCAUUAAUUAAUUUCUGGAUUAGAGUAUAUUCAUGGUUAAGGAUUUUUUCAUAGAGAUUUAAAAUUAGAGAAUGUUCUUGUAACAAAAGAUAAUGCUGGAGAGGUAGCAUUAAGAAUUUGUGAUUUUGAUUGGAGUAAAACUCAUUUGAAUGAUGAUGGAUAAAAGAAUAAUUGGUUAAUACUUAGUAAAGAUUGUGGUACAGUAGAAAUUAAUAGUGGAAUGCAAAAGAAAGGGAUUGUUUAUGAUGCAAGAGAAGAAUUAUUAUAAGUAGGAAUAAUAAUAUUAGAUCUUUGUGAUCCAUCAUUAAAUAAAUAAGACAGAAUACAAACUUAAAAGGACGCAAAAAUUAAGUAAAAAUUAUUUAUACUAAUAUAUUAUAGUUAAUUUAAACCACAAAUAUUAUAAGAUUAUCAACCUGAGAUAUAAAUCAUCUAAGCUUUACUUGGAAUGAAAUUUAAAUCAGUACAAGAAUUAAGAAAUUCAUAACUUUAUAAUAAUUAUAUGCAGAUGUGAUCAGAUU